UGUGCACAAGCAGCCCUCAGCCGCUUCCCAUGAACAAUUCUUGCCUGACGAACGCGGUGCACCUCAACAACGUCAGCGUUGUUUCUCCAGUCAAUGUGCAUAUCAAUACAAGGACUUCAGCACCAUCGCCAACAGCCUUAAAACUUGCCACGGUUGCUGCCAGCAUGGACAGAGUGCCAAAGGUAACUCCUAGCAGUGCCAUCAGCAGUAUAGCAAGAGAGAACCAUGAACCAGAACGACUGGGAUUAAAUGGCAUAGCAGAGACAACAGUAGCCAUGGAAGUGACAUAACCUCAGACCAGUGUCUCCGCCUGGGCUCACGGUGUAGUCAUUUCUAUUCCAACUGAAUGCAAAAUGCAGCGCUCUGUGGAUCACAGAGAACUCAAAUGGACCUAAAUGGACUAUCAUUAUAUCGUGUAUUAAGUCGAUAUAUAAUGUAAAUUUUGUAAAAUUGGGAAAAUCACUACCUUGUAAAAUAGUUUAUUUGUAUCAUCAAUAUUAUUUCUGUUACUUGAAUAGUAGAUAUUCAUCAUCAUGCUUUUGCACUUGAAUUUGCAACUGAAUGGAUUAAAAAAUAAUUCUUUAAUGGGAUCAUGAGCAUGAAAUGGGAUCCUGCAUCACUUGUUUUAACUAUUUAUUUUGCCAUGUUUACAUUUUGUAUCUUGUACAAAUAAAUCCAACUUUGUGUCUAAAAAAAAAAAGUUAAAGAUUCAUAGCUAGGAGACAAAAUUCUUGUAAUUUUUUUCUAAAGAAAAUGUAAAGUUUUCACUUGGUUCAUUUUGUUUCACAAUUUGACUAGAUGGACUUUUUGGUAAAUACUUUAGUGGCAUUUCACUGUCAAAUAUGAAGUUCAAGGCAAAAUAGUAUUUUCUAUUACUGUGCAGGGGAAAGGGAUGGAUCGAUACAUGCAAAUUUAAUGUAGUAACUCACUUUUCCAUAUAUUUUGAAUGUAUAUUUCUAUUUAUAAUACCAGUUUAUAAAAAAUAAUUACACAGGAAAAAAAAAAAACACCUGACUAGGAAAAUUAUGCAUCUAGCACAUAUAAAAUUGUGCAAGAUAUGAGAAAAUUUUCAACUGAUGACAUUUUAUCCUGAAGACUCUGCAUAUUUUAACCGGCUUUAAAACUGUAACACACCACAUAAAGGAUAUUUUACCAGGUAUGUAUUGCAUUAUAUAUCAUUGCAAUAAUUACUUAUUGGAUGUCUAGAUAUCGAGCCAUCCCAGGUGGUGG